UGUUUGUGUUCAUUGCUGAUUCGAGCUGGCUGGUGUCUGUACUGUCUGUACUCUGUAGUCUUGUGUAGUGACUGAAGUCAGCUGGCUCCUGAGUGUAGUCUUAAGCUCAGCAGAAGUUUUAGUCCUCAGUUUAUGUCGUGUUAGCUCCGUAAAAAAAAACAUUUAUUUUAUCCCAUUUGUGAGUUUAUUAUUUGAAAGAGGCUGAAUUGAAACCAAAAGAUGGCUGAUCGAUUGUCUCAACUGCAAGAUGCUGUUAAUCAGCAAGCAGAAAAUCUAUGUAAUGCUAUCGGCAUCCUAUUCCAAAAUGCUCAACCGGCUCCAUUCCCUAAUUUUGAUAAGAACAGCAAAACACCAUCUCAGAAUGAAGGAGGUUAUGAUCACAAAAAAAUGUUUGCCACUCUCAUCGCUCGAAAUGCUAAAGAUAUUGAUGUGCUCAUUGAUUCCCUGCCUUCUGAGGAGUCAUGUGCUGAACUGCAGACAAACAGCAUGCGCCAGCUGGAGGUAGCUGGCGAGGAAGCAGCUAACAGACUCAUAAGGGAUGUGGAACGUGGAGAAGCACUACUUGGGGAGAUAAGUCGAGCUCUUGCAGACAUUGCCAAUGCCAACCUCAGCAUUAACAGGGUGACUGAUGCUGCACAGGCGCAGCAUAUCACCAUUUAGCCCUUGCAAUGUUUUUCAUGUGCUAUGUUAGUACGAGUUAUUUUAUCAUCAGUAUUUAAAGUUACUUGACCUAAGGUUGUAUGUAUGGCAGAUUAUUUUGCUGUAGCUUUGUAUUGUUAUUUGUUUAAAUAUUACUGAGACAGUUUUUUUCUCUUGAUAGUUCUUACAGUUUUCGUCUUGUGUACAUUUUGUAGAAUUGCUUAAUGUACAUCAUUUUACUAUACAAACGUGUUUCAUUUGAUAAUUUGCUAGACUUAAGUUAUGUAAUCCUGCUAUGUGUGCAAAAUUCGUUGGUUCUGUCAUUUCUCCUGCUGAAUGUUCAUUCAGUGAUCUAUUUUACCAUUUCGUCUUUGGAGAUCAGAUUUAUCUCAUAUUUGUGGGGUGUUUCAUUGUUGCAGGUUAUGAAUAAAGCUUUUCUAUAACCUGCAACUUACAUCUUCAGUAUAUCAAGGUUUUCUAGUCUGGAAAAGUUUCUGACUCAUAAUGAUUGGGGUAGUAUCUCUCUAACACGAAUGUGUUAAUAUUAGCUAAGUGUUCUUCAACUAUGCAGUCUAGUGAGUCUACUCACCAACUCAUAUUUAUGUGUGCCAUAAGUAGAACAUUGUACACCCCAUCUAUCCUCAGUUCAUCCAACAAGUUUUGAACUCUAGACAGAAUCGUUUCAUAUUGUUUUUCCCAGAUGAGAUAUCUUAUGCAUCAUUAGUUUCAAAGCAAAAUAUCUAUGGAUUCAAUUCCUGUUUUCCACAAAAAAAAUUGUAAUCGAUAUCCAUUGCUAAUUCAUUGUCCAUUCAACCACUGAUAAAAUUUUUGGUAAAAGAAUAGUUCAUUUGCUCUGUCCCGUGUUCUCUGGAUCACUCUUACAACAGCAACAAUUACUUGGUUGAGCAAGAGUUGUAAUUUUAUUGUACUAAAGUGUUGUAUCGUACAAAAAAAAUCUAUGAUCCAGCCCACCGUCAUGCUGACAAGAUUGUUUGACCUAAAAACCUUUGUCUGCCUCUCCAAUUAUAUUCUCUAAGAAAGAGAUUACUUUUGAACUAGAAUUUUAAUAUGUGCUCUGUCAAUAAUCCCUUGAUAAUUUUUCACAGCGCUGUACACAGAUAUGACAGUUGUAUAACUAACUUAUGCGUAACAUCAUAAUUUUAACUAGCGGUUGAAUAAUUUCACGUCAAUUUUAAUCCUACCUAUAUGAAAAGAUGUCAAGUAAGUGAGAAUUAGCUAAUUAUUGAGGAGUACUGUAAUUUUUCAGUAGAACUACAGACUUUUUGGAAAUCCCGAUAUUUGUAACGUUCAAUUUAUGUUCUCUAAUGCUCUCAGAAAAUAAAAUAUUACACCAAAAACUUUGCAUCUAAUUCAGUAGGGCAAGUUGAGUACCUAUCUCAAAAUUUGAUUUAAAAUGCGUUCGGUGCAGAUGCUUCUCAUAAAAAUACCUUUAGAUUAGAUAGAAACGCUUAGUUUCAAUGAAUUUUUUUUGGACACCUCACGCACUGUAAAAUAAAUUUUGUACAUCGUUUCACUUGUCACGUAACGUGAUGUAUCAAGAAUAAUAACGCAAAGAAAGCUGUAACGAUAAGCUUUGUUUUUCCAAAAUAAACGUACUUUAUUAUUCAA